GUCGAUAGAAUUGCUGGGUAACAAUGGGACUAUUGCUGACUUGUUAAUACGCUAGCUAGCUGACAAUAGCUAAUAAACUGCUUGCCUAAGUUAUCUUGCUAGUUCUCGAGAUAGCUAGCUAACUUUGCUAACGUUAGCUAAAGUUGUGUUUUCAGCUUGUUUGUUUGUUGUUUAUCUGAGUUCGUGCUUGACAUUUUCUGAAUGCAUGUAACUGUUUAUGUAGCAUUUUGUAGAUGAGACCAAUGGCCGGGGAUAACUUUACGUUUUAGUGAAAGUUGAUCAAUUAGCUAGCUUCUGUUAGUUAUAUCUCGUGUCCUGAGUUUGGUAUAGAGAGGCGUGUAAAGUUAACUUGAGUGCCCGACAGCCAAUUAGCUUGCUCACUAACGUUAGCAAACUAACAAAACAAUUUACUUGGCUGCCUCAUUAAUUACAGUCCACUAUAACAACUGCAUAGCAAUGUCCCGUUUGCCUCAAGUGUCUCAUAGCUCCCAGGGUGUGUGAGGGAGUGGAAGGGGGCGCGACUGCUACAGUUUGAGAAGAGCGAGAAAGGUGUUCUGCCUUCACACCCCCCCCAGAGGAGAAGAGUAGCAUAGUCCUUCUCAGAGACCUGUAUUGCUGUGAUGUCAGAGGGAGACGGUAAACCCCUCCAGGUUCCGGAAGCCAAGGCAGAGACGGUGACCCCAAGUGGCCAGGGACCUGCUUCUGUGUGUCCCCCUGUAACGGGGCCCCCCACCACCACCCCCACAGAGGAUGAGGAGGAGGAGAGCGAAGAUGAGUCGGAGAUCCUGGAGGAGAGCCCCUGCGGCCGCUGGCAGAAACGCAGAGAGGAGGUGAACCAGCGGAAUGUCCCAGGGAUAGAUGCUGCCUACCUGGCCAUGGACACGGAGGAAGGGGUGGAGGUGGUCUGGAACGAGGUCAUGUUCUCAGAGAGGAAGAACUUCAAGCUGCAGGAGGAGAAGGUGAAGUCUGUGUUUGACAACCUGAUUCAGCUGGAACAUCUCAACAUCGUCAAGUUCCACAAGUACUGGGCUGACAUCAAUGACAUCAACCGCGCCAGGGUUAUUUUCAUCACUGAGUACAUGUCCUCGGGAAGUCUGAAGCAGUUUCUGAAGAAGACCAAGAAGAACCACAAGACUAUGAAUGAAAAGGCCUGGAAGAGAUGGUGCACCCAGAUCCUCUCAGCCCUCAGUUACCUCCACUCCUGUGAGCCGCCCAUCAUCCACGGGAACCUGACCUGUGACACCAUCUUCAUCCAACACAACGGACUCAUCAAGAUAGGAUCAGUGGCUCCAGACACCAUCAACAACCAUGUAAAGACCUGCAGAGAGGAGCAGAAAAACCUGCACUUCUUCGCCCCAGAAUAUGGAGCUGUUGCAGAUGUCACUACUGCAGUGGAUAUCUAUUCCUUUGGGAUGUGUGCCCUGGAGAUGGCAGUAUUGGAGAUCCAGGGGAAUGGAGAAUCUUCCUACGUCUCUCAGGAGGCCAUCAACAAUGCCAUACAGUCACUGGAAGACCUACUGCAGAGGGAGUUUAUCCAGACUUGUCUGGAGGCUGACCCGUUUAAGAGACCUACAGCCAGAGAGCUGCUGUUCCACCAGGCUCUGUUUGAGGUGCCCCUGUUGAAGCUGUUAGCUGCGCACUGCAUAGUCAGCCACCAGCACAUGAUCCCUGAGAAUGCCUUAGAGGAGAUCACUAAGAACAUGGACCCCAACCUCAUCAUCGCUGAGAUCAAGGAGGGUGUGCAGCUCAAACUGUCUCAGUUUCCUGCCUUGGAGCUGGAUAAGUUCCUGGAGGAUGUCCGGAAUGGCAUCUACCCCCUGACAGCAUUUGGCUUGCCCUCUCACCAGCAGCCCCAGCAGUCCCCUGUUAAGUCCCCCAUUGUCACCCCUUCUGUCAAAUCCCCCACCCCAGAACCUGCUGAACUAGAGACACGCAAGGUUGUUCAGAUGCAGUGUAAUAUUGAGCCGGUGGAGGAGGGUGCAAAACAUCAUCUGACACUACUGUUGAAGCUGGAGGACAAACUCAACAGACACUUAAGCUGUGACUUGUUACCCAAUGAGAAUGUACAGGAACUGGCUGUUGAGCUGGUACAACUGGGCUUCAUCAGCGAGGUGGACCAAAGCAGGAUGGCCACUGUGUUAGAAGAGGCCUUCACCAAGUUCUUCAGCAGGAACGGUUCCCUCAAUCCCAUUACUGUGUCCUCAUAACAGGAUCAACAUGAACCCCCACUCCAUUACCUAUAAUACCCCCUCCCCUACAUGCUUGUUACAACCCUCCCUUUCUUACCCCUAAGGAUCCAUGGACCCCCACUCCAUUACCUAUAAUACCCCCUCCCCUACAUGCUUGUUACAACCCUCCCUUUCUUACCCCUAAGGAUCCAUGAACCCCCACUCCAUUACCUAUAAUACCCCCUCCCCUACAUGCUUGUUACAACCCUCCCUUUCUUACCCCUAAGGAUCCAUGGACCCCCACUCCAUUACCUAUAAUACCCCCUCCCCUACAUGCUUGUUACAACCCUCCCUUUCUUACCCCUAAGGAUCCAUGGACCCCCACUCCAUUACCUAUAAUACCCCCUCCCCUACAUGCUUGUUACAACCCUCCCUUUCUUACCCCUAAGGAUCCAUGGAUCCCCACUUCAGUACAUAUACACCUAUUGGCAGGCUUAGGCCUACACCUAUACCCCUGCUGGCCCCAACCACCACACAUGCACACUCCACACCUCCUGCCUCAGACUCUUUCACCCAAAACCUUGUGUGGUGUCUUCUAUUUCUCUGGAGGACCAUAGAGCCUUAUUAUGGGGCUGUCCGAGUCAGUCCCUCUCUGUUUAGUUCUCUCUAUAUACACAGUAGCAACUUCUUUUGGAAAGGAAGCCAACACAGGUAUCAUAUGUCAGUGUUACAUGUUUGUUUGUGUUUUAUAUCUUUGCCAUUUGCCUUCUCGGUGGCUGUAUACAUGCACAUGCUAUCCGCCUUAAAGUUCUCUGCUUCAGUGUGGUCACGCACGGCUGUGCAUGAAUGUCUGCAGUGAACUUACCUGUAGGUGACCAUUGUAGGCUGCGUUUAGACAGCCUGCCAAAUUCUGAUCUUUUUUUCCACGAAUUGGUCUUUUAACCAAUGAAAAAGAUCUGAAUUGGCUAUAUUUAUGUUACAAAUGUGUCAUUGUAUCUUUCCCAUUUUUGUUUUUUACACUCAUAGUUUACUGUGGUCUCAACUGAUGGAGCCAAUAGUCUGGGAGGGGCUGUAUUUACAGGCUGUCAGUCAAAGCAGAGGAACAAGCUGAAUGAUUUCCUGGAGCUGUAGUUAAGAGGUGUUUUGGUGGUGAACAGUAUUCAUGCCUCUUUGUUAUCACAUCUUUAUCUGUUCUGUAAAAAAUAUAUAUACUUUACAUUGUUUGGCAAACCUUAAUUCUUAUAGUGUACUUGGAUAAUGAAAUGGUUUCCUUUGGACGUUCCGUUGAAUAUUCUGGUUAUUGAGAAAGUGUUUUUUGUUGUGAACAGCAAGUAAGGGUUUUACUUUACUGUACACAUCCAAAGAGGAGUUUGUAUGAGGAGUAAAUAUAUAGAUAUAAGUGGAUAAAUUGUUAAUGUAGUGGCCUGGCUGUAUGACUGGUACUGCUUUAGCCAAGCUGUUGUCUUGCCAAAUGCAACAAUUAAAUGCUGUUGAACGCAGUUGGGUAACUUGGGUCACGUUCAGUAGGACACAAUGUUGUGCAAUUAAAAUCUGUUUUACGGUUACUGUAAUAUUCAAUGUGCUUUUUUUUCUUUAUAGUAGUCUAUGUUCUGAGAAGUACUUGGGCAGUGUAGUUAGUGGUUGAGAAAGAGGGUGUGUGAAGUAAGUUUGUGCUCGUGUGCCUUCUGACAAGUGUGUAUCCUAUGACAGCCUCUGCAAUGUAUGACUUUCUGUUUCCUCUUUAAAUGGUUUGGUAUUUUCUAUUUGUAAAUAAAUAUGUAAUGCACCA